GCUGAUCGAAUAGUAUGGCAAUGUCUUCCUGACGUGUGUAACUGUGUAUCAUUUCUGCUGAUUUUGUUAUGGCGCCUUACACAUAGGCAAGGUCAAAACACGGAACUAGUUUAAAUUUAGAAUUCCUAACACUCUUGAAAACCUACACCAACUCAACAGUAUACGUUUGCUUUUGAGCGUUCUUAUUAUUUCGUCCUCGGCUUGAACCUCCCCUUCAAAAAUGGGAAUUCUGUUGUCACGCUUUCGAAGCAAACCUUCCACAAAAGAAGUAUUAGAAGGAAUUGAUAAAGAGCUUAAAUCAAUUGAUGAAUUUCAACAAGACACUAUCGAGAGACAGAGACGUGUGGCAAGAAGACUUCUAGUCAUCUUUAUUCUGGUUUACAUCAUAGCUAUAGCAUCAUUUAUUUUUAUUACAUCUAUUCAAAAGUUCAAGCUUUACUAUUUUACUGGGCUUGUGACAUUUGCUCUUGUAACCUGGAGCUCUCAUAGAGGAAUAAAAUGGUACUUCACUCGACAAAUGGUGAGUAACUCAGAAAAGUCAGUGGAGUUACGGAAAAAGAAGAAAAAGAUCCUUGAAGAAGUGAUGGAUACUGAAACUUACAAAAUAGCAAAAGAGAUAUUAGAUAGAUUUGGGGACAAACCUCAGAAUACUCCUUUUGAAGUCAAACCUGCACAAUCUCCUUCAAUGAAUGUUAGACCAAGUGCACCUGGUACUGAGUUGAGGCACAGACAAGUAGAACAAUCAAUUCCACCCCGAGCAAACGGACCACUCCAACCCAACCCUGCCAUUGUGGGAAGUGCAAUGAAAUUAAACCAACAAGCUAAGCUACAACAGCAGCAGCAACAACAACAACAACAUAUGCUAUCAACUCAGAGACCUGUUGGUAUGAACUAUGGUCCUGCUCCAACACGGCCGUUACCUCGGCCAAUUUUAGCACGCGAAAGAGGAGUUCUUGAUCGGAUGAUGGAUCUUUUUGUUGGAGAUGGUCCUCAUCAGCGUUACGCGCUGAUUUGCCGACAUUGUAGUGGUCACAAUGGCAUGGCUUUGCAGGAAGAGUUUGAAUACGUCAGUUACUAUUGCUGCUACUGUUAUCAAUUUAACCCUCCUAGAAAAAUGCGACCCAUGGGGCCUCGGUUGCCUGUUCCUCCUUCACCUGCCCCAGUAGCAGCAUCGUCUAAAGUUCCACAAGAGAAAAAACCUGACGAAAAAAGCGAAAAAAAUGAAGAAAGCGACGAAGAAGGAGAAAGAACAGAUGAUCGUGAAAAUAUUUCAGACAAUUCUGAUGAAAGUACUGGCGAUGAUGCUUCAUCAGAUGAAGAAUCCGAAGUUGCCCCUAUUGUGAAGACAGAAAAUAACCAUGAGGCCAGUGAAGAUAUGGAAAUUGAUUCCCCUGAGGGAGACAAAGCAAUCUCAGCAGAUGAAGCCGGACAAGAUACUAGUAGUCUGCGUUAAUCUCUAAUUGUAUAGCAUGUAACCCAUCACUUAGAAACUAUCUUACUCAAAUUCUUUCUAAUCACGGUGCCUUAUAAAAUGCGUUGUUAUUAUUUCAACAAUGUAAAAUACACACAUCAAGUUCAA